AUGAGAGGAGCUCUCUCCUCUCUCAUCGAGAUCUCGCUUUGGCUAGGGGAACGACUGCUGCAAAUCUGCUCUGUCAUAUUCGCCGCCAGUUUGAGGAACCAGAAACUUGAUGGAGAUAGAGGGCUUUCCAAGCCGGGAAAGUCCGACAGAUUGGGUUUCAACCAAUCCAAAAGAUGUUUGAUGAGGUCCUUGGUCAGAGAGGCUGCUCCCAGGGCCUGGAGUCGGGCGAAAUAUCCCCGACGAAGGAAAAGAUCGGCGGAAAUGGUCUUUGCCGAUGUCCAAGCUGAAGAAGAGCAACCGACCAAAAGGAGGCGGGCCGAGCCACGGAGGCUAUGGCGAUUCCGAAUUCCGAGUCCGGCGGAAUUCGAUCUUGAAGAUUCAGAGGCCUUGACGGCCGCGGAAAUGGAAAUUGAAAGACCUUUGGGUCAUGAUCGAACCAACAAGCGAUUCAGCACAGCUGGGCCUUUCGGGGUAGGGAUUGCACUCAUUUCACAAGAGCUAGUGAAAAAUGAGAGUAGCGCUCCUGGUUGCAGUGUUGAAUCGGAAGUAAUCUGUGGUGAAGGUGAGGAUCAAGGGGACCCCUUCGGGGAGGGAUGCUGCGCAAUUCAGCAGGUCAAGUCGAAAGUGGAUCUCAAUUCCACAAAACCCAGCUUGAAUGUCGCUGAUUUGGAAGGGUUCAGCCAAUUGGACGGUGCCGCCGGUGAUUGA